UAUAGUUUAUAACGACCGUGCUUUCAUUUGCUGUAGCUACGUUAAAAUGUUUUAUCAAAUCCUAUCUUUCAAACCGUGCGCGUGAAUGAAGGCUGCUGCCUUAAUGCGAUGAUGGCGACGGAUUCCAGCCAGCACAGCAGGAAGCGCGCGGACCGCUGUGGCGAAUAGCACGGUGUUUGGUGUGAGAAAGUGGUUAAAGGUGGAUUUUCGCUGUGCAAAAGGGGCAAACAGGAAACCUUCAGGAGAUGGAACCAACACGUGAAAACAGAAAGUAGUAAAUCUGCGUUUCCACAUUUAGUUCUUUAUUUUGGACCAGAAGUAGUGACAUUGUGGAUAACCUUGUGUCUCCAUAAUCAGAGAACCAAACUGUUCUGUUUAUUUUUGAAGAAGACAUCUGUGUCUUUGGUGGGCUGGGGGUCCAAUGUGGGUCAACUUUGAGGGCCCCUGUCUCCUGAAGGGUUGGUCUUUCUGGUCCCUGACGCGCUCUCAUACAGACAGCGAUGGAGCGGAGGAACCUGCAGCAGCAGUUUGAGGAUCAGUUCAACGAUGUGGUUUCUAGACUGCAGUCCAAGCAGUUCUUCCAGUCUGACUGGGACAUCGCCUCUUUUGCAGUCUUCUUCAUCUUCAUCGGUAUGGUUCUGCUGCUGGUCAUCCUGGUCCUCAUCCGCUGCUGCUGCUGCUGCUGCUGUGAUGACGAGAAGCCUCGCAGACGGAAGGUCGGGAUAGACAACAUGGCUCUGGAGCCCUAACAGCUGAACUCUGAUCAAGUAUUGUGAAGGUUGAUGAAGCUAGAAGCAGAGCCUUAUAGUUUGACUCCUGUGCCAAAGCAGAAGCUUUGAUUUUACUGGACCAGUCUGUAAACAAAUGUAGUCUACUUGCACAUAGAAUGAAUUGCUGUUCACAAGCCCUUUGCUACCCAGUUUGGAAAUUUAACACGUGAUCUUGUUGACAGUCACUGCUAUGUGGGCUUUAUUGCUAGGAUACCACGGAGGAGCUGGAAACACUCAACUGUCUGUGUUUUUAUGCUUCUGCAGAUUUGAAUGUCACUUCUUCUUUUGUUUGUUGACAGAAUGUUAAAAUUUCAAUUAGAAGGUUUUCCUUAGUAAUAAAUAUAUACAAGUAAUAAAAAUGUAAACUUUG